CUAUUCAUUUCGAUGUUUUUAACCUCUCUGUAUUGAUCUUGUAUUGAUCUCUGGGCAAUUUCAAAACAAAUCAAAAUCAGAACAACCUGAAAUUCUGAAAAACUGCGUUUAAAUAAUAUUACAGAUAACUUUGAACAAAGGUUGUUUUCAUUGAAGAACCCAAUUUGGAUACUAUGGAUGAUUUGAGUAUGGAUGCCUCCAAUUCCUCAACAAUACAUUGUGAUGAAAAUGAAGACUCGGACGAGUGGGAUGAAAUGGAGACGACGGCUGAACAAACAUCAUGUCUUUUCUGUGAUGAAGUCUUCUUAACAAUUGCUGUUGCCUUAGAUCAUUGUCGAACAGCACAUAAUUUUGAUUUGUUGGAAUUGAAAACAAGAUUCCAAAUGGACUGUUAUUCAUACAUAAAGAUGAUCAAUUAUAUAAGGAAAAACAGAAGUGCUGCAGAAGAUAUCAUGAAAGGAUCUUCGUCUAUGUGGGAUAGUGAUGAAUAUUUAAAGCCUGGAGAGAUGGAAAAUUGGUUGAUGUAUGAUUUCGAUGAUUUGGGGACUGCUCCAUCAACUCCUCAUUAUGCCAUUGAUGGGAAGGCGCCAAUAAGCAAUAUAAACUACUCAGAUCUUCAACGCAAAAUAAAUCUCCUUGAGUGUCAGCUUAGAGAAAAAUGUCUUCUGCUUGAUAAUGCUAAUAGAGAUAUAGCUCAAAUGAAGCAAGUAACAAAAACCAUCCUAGAAGGAUCAGAUAAUGAUGUACCUAUGCCAACUACUUGUAAUCUCAGGGGUGACAGUGAUUAUUUUCAAUCCUAUUCCCAUUUUGGAAUUCAUCAUGAAAUGCUAAAUGAUCAAGUAAGGACAACAAGCUACAGGGAUGCAUUUUUCCAUAAUAUGGAUAGUUUCAAGGAUAAAUUAGUUUUAGAUGUAGGUUGUGGUACAGGAAUUUUAUCAAUGUUUGCUGCCAAGGCUGGAGCCAAGAAAGUUUAUGGAAUAGAUCAAUCUGAGGUACUUUAUAAAGCUAUGGAUGUUGUGAGAGAGAAUAAUCUACAAGAUCAAAUUCAUCUGAUGAGAGAUCAGAUAGAAAAAGUUGGGUUACCUGUAGAAAAAGUAGAUUUUAUAGUAUCUGAAUGGAUGGGCUAUUUCCUUUUGUUUGAAGGAAUGUUAGACAGUGUCCUCUAUGCCAGAGAUAAAUUUUUAGCACCAAAUGGGAGACUUUUGCCUAAUAGAUGUAAUAUAAGUUUGGUCGGGAUCUCAGAUUUAGAUACGUAUAAAAAAUAUAUAGGUUUUUGGGAUAACGUUUAUGGAUUUUCAAUGAAAUGUAUGAAAUCAGAAGUUCUUCAGGAAGCUUUUGUAGAUACAGUCCCCAAAGAAAAAAUCAUUACUAAACCUCAAGUUCUUAAAGAAUUAGACUUGGAAACUUGUGAUCGAUAUGCUUGUAAUUUCACCUCUAAUUUUGAACUGGAAAUCUGCGAGGAUGGUGCACUGACUGCCCUUGUCGGAUAUUUUGACAUAUUCUUCGAUUUGCCAAAUCCAAUCAUAUUUUCUACCAGCCCCAAGACUGAAAGAACUCAUUGGCAGCAGACUAUAUUCUAUUUGAAAGAUGUGAUAAAAGUAAACAAAGGUGACACCUUGAAGGGCUCUUUAAGCUGCACUAAAGCACGAAGUGAUGUUAGGGGUCUACAAAUUGUUAUAACUCUAGGACAGAGCAGACAUGAAUAUCAUAUGUCAUAAAUAAAAAGUUUUAUGUUAAA